AUGUUUACAUCUGACGAGCAUAUGUCAGAUGAAGCAUUGUUGAGAGCAAUCAAUGAUAUUGAUGCGAAGUUUUCUGAGGAAGCCUCUAGAAAUAACCUUCAUUCAGGAUCUACAGCAACAAUUGUAUUGGUUGCAGAUGAUAAAAUUUUGGUUGCCAAUAUUGGAGACUCUAAGGCUUUCAUUUGCUCUGAAAAUUUUCAGUCUCCUAAGGAGGCUAAAGCCUCUUUAUUAAAGCUGUAUAGGCAGACAGAGCGUGAUGGUUCUGUUUCUGUGUGGAAUCGUGAAAAGUACAGAUUAGCAUCUUCCAAUGGGUUCACUCAUUUUGCAGUGAAGGAAUUGACUAGCGAUCAUCAUCCAGACAGAGAGGAUGAAAAAACUCGGGUGGAAGCUGCUGGUGGUCAAGUUCUAAAUUGGGGUGGUGUACCUCGCGUAAAUGGUCAGUUAGCUAUUACACGGGCUAUUGGUGAUGUGUUCUUUAAAAGUUAUGGAGUUAUAUCUGUACCAGAAGUGACUGAUUGGCAACCUCUAACUGCAAAUGAUAGCUACUUGGUGGCUGCAUCUGAUGGAGUCUUUGAGAAGUUGAGUGUGCAAGAUGUCUGUGAUUUGUUGUGGGAAGUACACCGUUUUAGUGACAUGAGAUCAGAGUGCACCUCUUCAUCUUCCUAUUCAUUAGCGGAUUUUAUUAUUAAUACUGCCUUAAAAAAGGGCAGUAUGGACAAUAUGGCAGCAGUUGUUGUUCCUCUGGAAUCUGCUAAAUCUUCUGCGAACUCACUUAGAAGAAGCUAUACUGAAAAUGAGGAUGCAGGCUUCCCAUCAUUUGGGCUGCAGGAAUCAGCUUACAGAAGCUCAGCUAAUGAUAUCACCUCUGAUCUAUUGCACCUGGAGCACCCUCAUUUGCUAGAUACCAAGUUUAAGCGAAUAUUGGUUGAAGUGAAACAUGGUGAUUUUGGAUGUUUUUAUUUAUCUGAAAAUCUUGAUGAUUCAGUGGAUUCUAAGUGGCCUCCCAAAAAAGAUGACCGGGAAGACUAUUUGUAUGAACUACCCCAGCCUCUACCAGAUGCCCUUCACCAACAAGCUGCAGUAGAUGGCCCUGUAAUUUUGUACAAUGACCAAAACUUUUGCUUUCACCUGAGUUCAACUAUCAAUCAAGCCAAAGACCAAUGCAUAAACCCUGAAGGCUUUGCCAGUUUUAUUGGUCUUCUUGAAUCAAUUCCUUUAAUUGAUGCUGGUUCAGAUAAUGAGUCUUCUGAUUAUUCGAUGCCUGAUUCAAGGUAAAUUUAUCUGCUUUGAAUUCCUAUGCAAAUAGUACUGCCGAGAAAGAAAGACUUGAGCAAGUGAGGUGUUCGAUGAUCCCACGUCAUUAACCGAGGAGGAGAUGUAUGAAUUGCGAAACAACUGGGCUACUUGUUUUCUUGACCUGUACAAUCCCGAGGUAGAUUAUGUUGUUUCCGAUGAUGAGGUUUAGGAGCUAGCUAGUUACAAUAGAUUGACAUUAACUAGGAUGUUUUGAAUUGUAAUGACUUGUAUUUUGCUUGAAUGUUAUAACAUUUUGGAUUGUUUUGGUAUUUUGCUUGACUUGUAAGACUUGGUAUUUUAUUUGAAUUGUAAUGACUUUGGUACGUAA